CCCAAACAGACAAAGACCAUAAGACCAUGGUGCCAACCGGUGGCGCUGGCGCCUUGGGUUGAUGGAGACCUCGCAGCUGGUGGCCGUCCUCAAGCUGGACGUCCUCGCCUCGGUGUUGAAGGGCUUGAGGCCCCGAGCGCUGAGCGCCCUGCUGCGCAGCUGCCGGAUGGCUUGGGAAAGCUUUCAGAACAUGGGCCUUCGGCACUUCUUGCUGCCCAUGUGCCAGCUGUUGCUGUCCUAUGUCACUGUUGCUGUCCAGCUGCCGGUCCAGCUGCCGCUGAGCGAGCUUCCCGACCGCGCGCUGAAGGCGAUCUACCGCUGCUGUGCACCGCCUGAGGGCGGCGACCUGGUGGAGGCCUGGGAGCAGCUGCAACGCCAGGUGCUGCACGCUGGAGGAUCUUCGGCCUCUGUGCAUUAUCUCUUGGGCCUCAAGCUCCUUCUACACAGCCAACACGCUCAGCGCCAGUCUUUCUGGGCGCCGCUCUUCGGGUCCUCCGCCCGCUGCGCCCUGAGUCCCCCUGGCGCUGGAGCUGGUGCGGUGGUGCUGGCAACGCUGCGAGUGAGGGAGGUGAUGGAGGCGCCGGUGGUGCCGGAGGACAGCACGUUGAAACCCCUACGCGCAGUGACGGGGCGCUUGGUUCGUGCAAAGGAUUGGAAAGUGAUGUCUUGGAUGGCACUCUUCGCAGAGGAACGCGCCUGGGGUGGUGGUGGUGUCUCGAAAACCUUCGGUAUGGUGCUCAAGGUCUCUGCAGUGUCUGAGCCUGACAUCGCUGUCUUUGAAAGCCUACUGAAAUGGGACUAUCCUUCCAAUGCGAGGAGGACAUCAGGAAGACCAGGUUGGCGUGGUUACACAAAGUGCACUACAAGGGACACUUGGAUCUAUGAAUCCUGCGCUCGGGAGAGCGGCGACCAGUUCCAGACGUCCCUUAAGCAGCUGGUGCGCCUCACUUUGCAAGUGGAAGAUGAAGAUGCUGCCUCCGUGGUGGAAGAGGGCAUGAGGCGGCUCUUCUUCUCGGCGAUGCCCUUGGACCUCCAAUCCUACUUGGUCAAAGGCCGCGGCACAGAUGCACGGGUGCCCAUGGAUGCAGUGCCCCUGGUGGAGCAAGCUUUGGAGUGGUCCAAGGGGAAGGGCAAGGGAAGAUUUGGCUUUGGCCGCUCCGAAGGAUUUGGUUUCCUGGAAGGGUUUGGCCGUGAAAGCCUUGACCUCUUUGGAGGAGCUUGCAGCUUGGGAGGGAUUGACUGCGCUGGAGACAAUGGAGGCUUUGGCAACUUUGGCGAAGGGUUUUUGCACACUGGAGACUCUUCCAGCUUCGGACAACCCCCUGGCUUUGGAGGAGCCGGAGACCCUGGAGGCUUUUGCAGCUUUGGAAGACCCUUUGGAGGAGCUGGAGACCCUGGAGGCCGUGGCAGCUUGGGAGGACACAGGUUUGGAAGAAACUCUGGCGGUUUCGGAGCAUUUGGCAGCUUUGGCCACCAAGGAACUUCCAGUUGAUCCUUUCACUAGCCUCGAAGUCCACCUCGACUUAGUUGCGGCCUAGACAAGAGCAGCCUUGGAGCAGCUGCACCUGGCCCUGAAGAGAUCUUCCAACCGUCUUCCAUAUCGACAUUGACUGGCUUGAAUCUGCAGCAUGAUUGCCAUUGGAACUGGUUCACUUGCUUCAGCAAAUCCUACAAUCUGCUUUCCAUCAUGGAGGAUCCCAACCUUGCACUUAGGUCAUCUGAGGCCCUGUGUGCGAGAUAAAGUCGGGAGAAAGUGACACACGAACUCGCUGGGAUCGAAGUCGGUGUGCUCAAAUCACACGGAGUUCGAACACUCUUGUGCCGCAGACGGGGUGUC